AUGGCUUCGGAAAGCCGGGCCUCGUCUGAGAGCGCUUCAGAGAGUGGAGGCCAAAGCACAGACGGCGGUGGCGCAAGCGGAGCGGCCCGGGCCCAGGAGGCGGAAAACAAUGUGGUCUUUCCGUGGAUGCUCCGAUUUGUGAGCACAGACACUGUCGAAGUCGCACGGAUCGCGUCAUGCUUUUCCAGCCCCAUGUGCGUGCGCAAGGUGAUGAAGGAUGUGGCCGUGCUGAUGGACCGUGUGGAACAGGUGGAACCUCUCCAUCUGGAGUCCACAAGGAUUCAUUUCACACAUCUGCUGCAGUUCCUCUAUGCUCGUCCGAGUCGAGAGAACGGCAGCGCGCUGAUGCGUUGGAUUGACUGCGUGCGCAGGUCCCUGGAUUUUCGUCACUCCUGGCCCAAGGAGCCGCUCAAGGACGAGAGGUUGGGAACGAUGCUGGAAGGCGUGGAGCAGAUAAUGAUCCUGCAUCCGAAGGAGGGUUUGAUUCGGCUGCAUUGGAUGAACCCGCUCCCAACUCCUGCGUGGCUGCAGCACGGCGGAUACCAGUGCGACAUCUGCUUCAAUCCGGAUCUCCGCACUGGCUACCAGCAUGUCAAUGAGGACAAUGCGCGCGACCACUCCAAGCUGCUUGAGCAGCGGACUGGCUACGAUGCUUGUGCCAAAUGCGCCGUAGAGACUCUUGUCAAGAACCGCAUAAGGAUCCACGACUGGAGCUGCAACGCGACAGUGCAAAGAGGAGUGCCUGUGGGCGAUCGUCGCUGCGAAACGGGCGAGGAGCAGCUGAGUCUUUCUGUGUCCCCCCGUGUGGCCCACGGAAGCCUUGGCGUGGAGAUUGAAGUGCAAGGUUCUAUCGGUCAUCACGUUGCAGUUGCUGCGCUUCCCAUGGACUGCGAGCUGCCAGCUGCAUGGCUGGGGACUGGCAGGAAGGUGCUUCGUCAAGCUGAAAUUCCUCGAAGUGCUGCAGAGCCCAGCUGCAAAGUUGUGCAGUUCCGCUGCCUGAAGUCGGACACGCUUUUCCGUUUUGCCCCCGGCGAGAAUCGAGGCUGCCUACGAUGCUGGGCGUUGUUGCGGAACGAGCAGACUUUCGGCGCAGAGCACUCCAUCCAGGCCGUGAGCUGCGUCGAGCGCAGCACCGAAGGAGGCACAGUCCGGCUGGCGUGGAGGAAGGGCCCCGCAGGAGAGGGAGCCACGAUUCCGGCCGAGCAGCUGGAGGCUCUCCGCCUGCUGGCAACUUGGGCAGGCUGCCUUCACAACCUGCCUCCCCCGAGCACGGCGGGCGCGGGGCCGACCUCUGCGGCCUCUGCCAAGAGCGAUGCUGCCGAGGCGCUCAGGAGCUUCGAGCGCCAGGGCCCGGGAGUGAAAGGCGCGUUCCUGCAGGCGCCAGAGCUCGAGGCUGUGGACUGUGCCAUUUGUUUGGGGGGUCUGUGUGACCAGACCUGGGUCCGCGGUGCUCCCGUCAAAACCAGAUGCGGCCACUACUUCCACGCGCUAUGUUUACGGCGCCACCUUCGUGCAUCAGUGAAUGAGACGACUCGGCCAGGACAAUCCGGCGUUUGUCCGAAUUGCCGCGCGCCCGAAGCUGACAGUGCGUCCAGCUGUGGGCAGCAAGUCCAGCGUUGGCGUAUCGAGGAGGACACACAGGGUCGAGCCUUGGGAAAUGGCCCCUAUCGCUUCUUGGCGGUGCUGUGUACGGACCCGGAGGCCGUUGUGGAUAGUUCCGUCGUGAUGCAGCAGAUAACCUGCACCCUCGAAAUGACGGCUGUGUCUCAGCCAAGCCUGGGAUAUACAGACGGGAGUGCAGGCAUGGCCAUGCCAUGCUUGCAGACCCAGCCAUAG